ACCUUUGAAGCCCUAAACACAACCUCCCCCUUGUUGCCGCUUUCUCUUUUCUCCCAACUUCUGCUACUAGAGAGAGAGAAUAUCUGAAGAGAGAAUAUCUUUGACAGAGAGAGAAAAUGGGGGUGGGCAAGGACAAGAAGGGGUCUCUUCAGGUGAAUUUAGGGAAGCAGAAGAGUAAGAACACCAUAAUCAAAGAAGAAACUAUCUCAAGUCAAUCCAAUAAAGAGAAGGUUAAUAACAGUGAAGAACCUGAACAUCAUCAAGAAGAAGAGGAAGAAGAAAUAGCUUCUGAUUCUGAGUCUGACUACCAGGAACUUUCUGAUUAUGAGGAUGAGGAUUAUGAAUCAUCUGGAGGGUCAGAGUCUGGAGAAAGCAAUUCUUCUGGUGAUGAGGGUUCUAUUGACACGGACAAUGAUGAUGGCAUGGAUAGUGAAGAUCAAAGCAAUGAUUCAGAAUCUGAUAAAGUGGCUGAAGAAAGUGAUUCUUCCGAGGAUGAGGUGGCACCUCGAAAUACAAUUGGAGAUGUUCCCUUGAAGUGGUAUGAGGAUGAAAAACAUAUUGGAUAUGACAUUACUGGAAAGAAGAUAACAAAGAAAGAGAGGCAAGAUAAACUGGAGUCAUUUCUUGCAAGUGCUGAUGACUCUGAAAAUUGGCGCAAGAUUUAUGAUGAAUACAAUGAUGAGGUGGUAGAGCUGACAAAAGAAGAAAUCAAAGUUAUUCGUAGAUUGGUCAAAGGAAAAGCUCCACAUCUCGACUUUGAUCCAUAUCCAACAUACAGUGAUUGGUUUAAAUGGGACGCUAAGCACCCACUGUCAAAUGCUCCAGAACCAAAGAGGCGGUUUACUCCCUCAAAGUGGGAAGCUAAAAUGGUUGUUAAGUAUGUUAGGGCAAUUCGCAAAGGUUUAUUAAAGUUUGACAAGCCAAAAGAAGAACCACGUUUUCACCUGUUGUGGGGGGGUGAUUCUGGCUCGGCAGAAAAGGCUGCACAUUUAUCAUACAUUCCUGCACCAAAGCCAAAAUUGCCAGGCCAUGAGGAGUCAUAUAAUCCUUCUCUAGAAUACAUACCAACACAGGAAGAGAUUAAUUCUUAUCAGCUGAUGGAUGAGGAAGACCGACCUAAAUUUAUACCUAAACGGUAUACAUCUCUAAGAAGUAUUCCGGCAUAUGAGAAUGCUGUUAAGGACUCUUUUGAGCGUUGUUUGGAUCUAUACUUAUGUCCUAGAGUUCGCAAGAAACGUAUAAAUAUUGAUCCCAAAUCCUUGAAACCUAAGCUACCAAGUAGAAAAGAUCUUAAGCCCUACCCAGUGACAUGCUAUCUUGAGUAUAAAGGUCACAAUGGUGCAGUUAUGUCAAUUUCUACUGAAGCUUCAGGACAGUGGAUUGCUUCAGGUUCAACUGAUGGAACUGUGCGUGUUUGGGAGGUUGAGACUGGUAGAUGUCUUAAAAUCUGGGAGUUUGGUGAAGCUGUCCAGUGUGUAGCAUGGAGUCCUUUGCACGAGCUUCCUAUCUUGGCGAUCUCUGUGGGACAAGAUGUAUUUGUUUUGAACACAGGAUUGGGCAAUGAAGUAGUGCAGAAAAAAGUAAAGGAACUUCUUCAUGUUGAGAUGUCAACACCGGCAGAUGAUUCUGGUAACAAGAGCUCCAGUUUGAGCUGGGUUCAAGAUGAGAAACAUGAAGGAAUAAAAUUGAGGCAUUUUAGGACUGUAUCUGCAGUAGAAUGGCAUCGUAAAGGGGACUAUUUCUGUACUGUGAUGCCAGCUGAUAUCCUUCCUCUGCUACUAUUUAAUUCAGUUCUUAUACACCAGCUUUCUAAGAAGCUUACACAAAGACUUCCAUUUAAGCUGCAUGGGCUUCCAGUAUCAUCAGUUUUUCAUCCUACUCGUUCUGUGUUCUUUGUUGCAACAAAGAAGAAUGUUCGUGUUUAUGAUUUGUUAAAGCACAAGCUGAUUAAGAAGCUUGAGACAGGACUCCGUGAAGUUUCAUCCAUUGCAGUUCAUCCUGCUGGUGAUAAUGUAAUUGUGGGAAGCAAAGAGGGAAAAUUAUGUUGGUUUGAUAUGGACCUUUCAUCUAAGCCUUACAAAAUUCUUAAGUGUCAUCCGAAAGAUAUAACAAGUGUGGUGUUCCAUCGUUCAUACCCGCUAUUUGCAUCAUGCUCUGAUGACUGCACUGCAUAUGUUUUUCAUGGCAUGGUUUAUUCUGAUCUUAAUCAGAACCCUCUUAUCGUUCCACUGGAAAUUCUCCGUGGACAUUCAAGCUCAAAUGGAAGAGGAAUAAUGGAUUGUAAGUUCCAUCCUCGGCAACCUUGGUUAUUCACUGCUGGCGCAGAUUCAUCAAUCAAACUUUAUUGUCACUAGGAUGACCUAAAAGAAGCAUGAUCACCGAGUUGUGACAUUGAAGGAUGAUUAGGAUUUCAGACGUUCCCCAAUGCUGGGUUGUAUGCUACACGGUAUUCAAGCAUUAUAGAUAAACUGGUCCAUGUAGUGGGGCUUUGGCAUUGAUUUAGAUUGUUGUCUUUGUUAACUGGGCAGGCCACAGUUGUAUUUUGAACAGGACAAAACUUGUCCUCUAUUUAUUUAUUAAUUUUCAAUUACAUAUA